UUUCCAGUUCUCGGUUGAAGUUAAUGAUACAUGCCAAUCGCAGAGGUGGGGGCAAACGGUAGAAGAAAACAACUAACAGAAUCUGGACGAUCAUUUCGAACUACAUAAUAAUCGUAACAAGAAGUAGCCGGUGGUGUCAAGUUUAAUAUCGACACUGUCAAAGUCCCCGACCUUCAGAAACCACUUGCGAGAUUGCAUAAUGAACCUUUGGUACGCUUUGAUCGUAGCCUUGAUAGCUUGUCACACGGGUGGUAGCGGUUUGAAAAAUGGAACAACUAAAGGGUUGUCGAGCAGGGCAGGGUUCAUUCCGGAUGGGUUUGAAGAGGUCAGUACCAAAUCUUCGGAAGGUUAUGGUGCCAUAGAAAAAUGUGGAGAGGGUGCUUCGAAGGGUGUAGACUUGUGCGUCCCCUAUUAUCAGUGCGAUAGUGAUACCAGGACAAUUUUACAGGAUGGGAGGACUGAUGGGUUUGGAGUCAUUGACAUAAGAUUUGGCGAGGACAAACCGUGUGAUCACUACUUGGACAUCUGUUGUAAAAUACCACCAAAUUGGACACCCUCAACAGCUCCAGAUGUAGAGCCACCUCCGGAGCCCACUGAACGUAUUCCAGACGUAACACCUCACUCGGACAAACCAACAGCAGAGCCCAAACCAACAGCUGAGCCCAGACCAACUGCUAAACCGAAACCAGGACCAAGUUGGUCGUGCGGUAUCCGAAAUGAUAACGGAGUUGACUUUAAGAUAACCGGAAAUAGGGAUCACGAAGCCGAGUAUGGAGAAUUUCCUUGGAUGGUGGCGAUAGUGAAGACAAAUUACCAACCACCAAACGACAAUCUUUUGAUUUGUGGUGGAUCUCUCAUAGCUCCGAAUGUUGUAUUGACUGCUGCACAUUGCGUCUACAAGCUCAAUAAGAAUGAUAUGAAAGUUCGUGUUGGAGAAUGGGAUACGCAAACCGAGAAAGAACGACUGCCUUACCAAGAGCGCAACAUCCAAACUAUUAUUGUACAUGAAGAAUUCAAACCACAAGUUCUGUUUAACGAUGUAGCAUUACUGGUUGUAGACCAUCCUCUGGAAGAAGCUGAACACAUAGGAAUAAUCUGUUUACCUCCACAAGGAACGGUUUUUAAUAGCAAAGAAUGUAUAGCUACCGGUUGGGGAAAGAAUAGGUUCGGUUUUGAAGGAGUCUACCAAGCCAUCUUGAAGAAGAUCGAGCUACCAACAGUACCACAAAAUGAAUGUCAAGACAGACUGAGGAAAACACGAUUAGGAAAAUUCUUCGUCCUCGACAAGAGCUUUAUAUGUGCAGGAGGUCAAAAAGAACAAGAUACAUGCUCGGGAGAUGGAGGAAGUCCUCUGGUAUGUCCGGAUCCAGAUCAACCCCACAGGUACAGCCAAGCUGGAAUAGUUGCCUGGGGAAUCGGAUGUGGUGAUGAGAUACCAGCAGUUUACGCUAAUGUGGCAUAUUUCAGAGGUUGGAUCGAUGAUAAACUACGGUCAUUAGAAGGAAGCCACUAUUGAAGAUGUUAUUUUUAUUUUUGACGAACCUGAUGAUGUCAGAGUUGGAUUUAAUGAAAACUGUGAUACACAAAUAUGCGCUAUGAAAAUUUUUUAAUAUACUUCGCAGAUUUAACUUGUGCUGUAACUAGGACAGAACUGACCUCACAACAUGUAGUAAUUUUUCAUAUUUAUUUUUGUAACGAUAACGAAUAGAAUAAUUUAUCACUUU